AUGGUGAAGGUCGCACGUGCUUUUCCUCGCCGCACGUGUCCUAGUUGCUCUGGGUCACUCGUCAAGACCAUCACGGGCCCUCGCGACGUCAGCAAGGGCGUCCUCAUCGGGAGUGAAUCUUUAUCCAAGACGAGCACUCGUGUCAGUCGUUGUGUCCGAAAGGGCUGUCGGGUUUACGUUCGUCACAACUACAUGCGGAUCGCCGGAGAAAAGAUCAACGUUCUCUCCUUCAAUCAAAUGAAAGCAGCUGGUGUGUAUUUCGUGACCACCAAGACAGCAUUCACCAUGUCCUACCUCGAACUUUGCUAUCUUCGUCUUCUUCGCGCGAAAACAUCCCCAGGACAGGAGGCUGCGGUCCGAGUUCUUCUUCAUCAAGGACAUGACGAUCUUCCAGAUCAUCGAACCUUCCGUGAUUGCCUUUUGCGUGCUCUCGAGGCUUAUGCUGUGGCGAAGCGAACACCUGACCAGGUUGUCUCCUUCAACGUCGACUAUCCGGCCAAGGAGGUAGUCCGACUUAGCCGCAGUCAGCCUUUGCUUUUCCAUCCCAUGAACGGCGUGCGAGAGGUGGCCAUGGAUGGGAAUUUCGGCUUGCAUCGUCAUCUUCUUCCAGGUGUCGACCCUCCCCGGACCAAGCAAUUGCCAGGACGACCACGGAAAGCUCUUCGUGAGGAUGAGCGAUCGUGUAGCUGUGCCAGAAAGGAUUCUCUCCACUUGGCACUGCCACAGCGGACUGCGGGAUGGCAGUUCGCAGUGGACCCUUCGUCCAGAAAGGUCUUGGCGGCUUUGGAGCACAAAGCCAGUGAGUCUCAUGGAGACAAGGUUCGCUUGUUGCAUGGACUUUUUGCAGAUCCGCAAUGUGUUCCUGACGUCCUGAUCCAUGACGACGCGUGUCACUUGGAGGCCUAUGUCCGGAAGCAUCAUCCUGACAGUUUCCCUAGUGUCAAACACUUCAUAGUGGAUGCCUUUCACCGCCGCAACCACAAAUGCAGCAAGCGGGAAUUGACCGUGUCGCAGAAGCGACGCUGCAACAGGGUCCGGACAAACAUGUCCGAAAGCUUCAAUGCUUGGAUCCGCGCCCUGAAUUUUUUCGUCAAUUCGCUUCGGCCCCACAGCCAUGCAUUCUGGAUUGAGGAAGCCUGCCUGUUUUAUAACACGAAUCUUGCUCCUCUGCCCACAUUCGUAGCACGACCGCGGGGACGCCGCAAUGUCAAGGCUCGCAUGAUGAAGAAGCCUGCCGCCAUUCGCAAGCGGCCAAGCAGCCGUAGGUAG